CGUUCUCUAUUCGUGGUGAGAUCCGAUCACUCAGACCACAUUUGGAGGUGGUCCGGGCCACAUGUGGCCGCAUUCUUUCAGCAGAGUGUUCCUACAUUACCCAGAAUGCCUGUCAACUACCCCCCAGGGAACAUGUCUGGACUUGUUGCACUCAGCGUUUUAAGGAGUAGGAGGAGGAAAUGAUGGCAGCCACACCACACACAUCAGUAGAGCAAGAUGCUUGGAGUAUCAUGUCCGGGGGAAACAAAGCCAUCGAGCUACAGCUGCAGAUGCGGCAAAACGCGGAGGACCUGCACGGCUUCAUGAGGGAGCUGGAGAGCUGGGAGACGGAUAUCAAGAAGAAGGAUGAGGAGCUGAGGACGGGAGGACUUCAGGAGGUCCAGAAGAAGCUCCCACCUGUGCGCAACAAAGACUACAAAACGAAGAUGAGGGAGAGGAAGAAGAAGAAGAAGGAGCCAACAGGAAACGGUGACGCAAAGGCAGAGGAGCCCAAGGAGGCUCCAAGGAUAAAAGGAUACGACUACAGAUCAUGGGACAAGUUUGACGUGGACAAGGCUCUGGCAGAGAUGGACAAGGAGGAGAGUCCUGCAGAGUCUAAUGAGUCCGACUCUGAGGAAGCAGGAGCUGAUCGGGAGAAAGCGCUGGCUGAGAAAGAACAGGGUAACACGUUUUUUAAAGAAGGGAAGUACGACGACGCCGUUGAGUGUUACACCAGAGGGAUGGGUGCAGAUCCUUACAACCCUGUGCUUCCCACAAACAGAGCCACUGCCUUCUUCAGACUCAAAAAGUAUGCUGUGGCAGAGUCCGACUGCAACUUGGCGAUCGCUCUGGACAGCAACUACUUCAAAGCGUACGCACGAAGAGGAGCAGCACGGUUUGCGCUGAAGAAAUAUGAGUCUGCAUUAGAAGAUUACGAAAUGGUUCUCAAGCUCGACCCCGGGAACACAGAGGCACAGAAUGAAGUGAAGAAAAUCAGAGAGGCUCUCGGAGAUCAGGCACCAGCUGUCCUGAGUGAUGCCCUGCAGCCACAGGAGGCUCAAACAGUGGACCCUGAGCAGCAGAGACUGAUGGAGGAGCAGCAGAAACGACAGGAGGCGGCUGUACAAAAAGACAGAGGCAACGCUUAUUUCAAAGAGGGGAAGUAUGAAGCGGCCGUGGAGUGCUACAGCAGAGGAAUGGAGGCUGACAGCAUGAAUGUCCUGCUGCCUGCCAACAGAGCCAUGGCCUUCCUCAAGCUGGAGAAAUACAAGGAGGCAGAGGAGGAUUGCACCAAAGCCAUUUCUCUGGACAGCACCUACUCCAAGGCUUUUGCCCGUCGUGCCACGGCCAGAGUGGCUCUAGGGAAAAUGGAGGAGGCCAAACAAGAUUUUCAGGAGGUGUUGAAACUGGAGCCAGGGAACAAGCAGGCCUUGAAUGAGCUCCAGAAACUCCAAAUUGAUGUGGCUUCCAGCGGCCUUCUUCAAACACCAGACAGCACACAGAGGAGAACCGUUCAGCCGAUAGACAAACCAACACAUCUGCAGUCAACUAAACCUCUGCGGAGAAUUGAAAUUGAGGAAGUGAGCGGAAAGGUGACGGUGUCUGAGGUGGAGUCAGUCGGGUCCAAGUCCUUCAUCCAGGAGGUGACGAGGGAGGCGGAGGAUGAAUCCUCUCCACUGUCGACAUCACCCAGUGCCAAGAUGAUCAAGAUUGAGGAGAUAGCAGAAGUUCCUACACCCUCGUCUGAGCACAGAGAGACCAAACAGCCAGAGCAGAAGGAAAUCGCUCAUGCUCCUGUACCUGUACCUGCACCGUCAGCCAGCACCUCCCCGACAGUAACAGACCUGCCUCCUCCACCUACCAACAGCUUCCAGCUGGAGUCUGACCUCCGCAAGAUCGGAAACCAGCCCGAAGUGAUUUACAGAUAUCUGAGGCAAAUCAAACCUGAGGCAUAUGCAAACAUUUUCCACAAUUCCCUGGAGCCUGACAUUCUCAAUCAGAUCCUGAGGACGCUGCAUGCUUUCUAUAUCAAGAAUGAAGCCCCGUCCAUCACACUGGAGAUCCUCAGGAGUCUGGCAAGUGUGAGGCGCUUCGACAUGGCUGUCAUGUUCCUGUCGUCCCAGGAGAAGAAAGUGCUCAAAGAACUGUUUGACUUCCUUCACCGAGCUGAGCUGGACGAAUCAUCUGUCACAGCCUUACAGAGGAAAUAUGGUGUGUGACGCCGCACGUUCUAAAGACUUUUCAUCUCAACACAAAGUGCUACAUUAUUUUCAAAGCCAAUAAAGCAUUGUAGUUAUACUCUAAUGCAGAAUAAAUUAUCAUUUAAUUCACUUUAAUUACAUUGGACUGCUGUGUUAUGGCUCUGAUUAGAUUCUAUUCUAUUAAAGUUGGAAAUUCCCAAAUUGUAGACUGUAACCCUGAACAUGAUGCAUUUAAGUGUUACAGGAACAGUUCUCCCCAAAGUCAAAUAUAUAUUUUUCCUCUUACUUGUAGUGCUGUUUAUCAGUCUAGAUUGUGCUGGUGUGAGUUGCAGAGUGUUGGAUAUAUCUGCUGUAGAGAUGUCUGCCUUCUCUCUAACAAAAUGGAACAAGAUGGCACUCAGCUUGUGGUGCUCAAAGCACCAAAUAAAUACAUUUGAAAAACUCAACAACAACGUCACUUUCCAGAAAUCCUGACCCGCUUACUCAAGAUAAUCCACAGACCUUGUUGUGAGCAGUUUCAUGUAGGAACUAUUUUCUUUCUACCGAACUACACCCACCAACUCUAUCACUGUGCAGAACCAAGCAUAUAUCUACUGCUAGCUCAUGUGGCACCACUGAGCUAGCUAACGUGACAGUUCAGUCGAGGAGGAAGCCAUUAAUAUUAACAUUUAGAGCUGUCACAAUUACAAGCCUCUUGUCCAUGAGUAGAUGCACACUUCCUUCUGUGGGUAGAAAGAAUAUGGUUCCUACAAUUACUCAAGAUAAUCCCUAGCAGAAUUAUGUAGGAACUAUUUUCUUUCUACCCAACUACACCCACCAACUGUAUUACCCUGCAGGAGGAAGCGUGCAUCUACUAAUGGACAAUAGGCUCGUGCUUGUGACAGUGCAAGAUGUUAACAUUGAUGGCGUCCUCCUUGGCUGAGCUAUGACGUUAGCUAGCUCAGUGGUGCUAGGUGAGCUAGCAGUAGAUGCAUGCUUCCUUCUGUGCUGCGAUAUGGUUGGUGGGUGUAGUCCGGUGGAAAGAAAAUAUAUGAAACAGCUCACAACAAGGUCUGUGGAUUAUCUUAAGUAACUGGGUCAUGAUUUCUGGAAAGAGACAUUGAUGUUGAGUUUUUCAAAUGUGUUUUGUGUUUUUUGGCACUGUAAGCACCACAAACCAAGUGCCAUCUAGUUCCAUUAUAUUACACAGAAGGCAGACAUCCCUACGGCUGAUAUCUCUGACAUUCGGCAACUCACACCAAAACAAUCUAGACUGAAAAAUAGCACUACAGGUAAGAGGGAAAAUGUGCACUUUUGAUUUUGGGGUGAACUGUCCCUUUAAAGCUGAUAAAAACAGAGACUUUCUGUGUCGAGACCUGUUAGUUGUGCAGCAGCUUAUGUCAUAAAAAUCUGCAACUUUGCUGCACAACUGUUUCCAUAAGUGUAUAAGCAUGCAAUGCUGGCAGUAUGUUUUUUUUUAUCAGAAGAACUACAUCUUAAAGGGGAUUAUACCCCAACAGAAGCGAUGUUCUGUAAUGUUUAUAAGUAAGGUAGUUUUGAAAAAGUUUCCAGCUUUCCAAAACAUUCUUGAAUGCAGCGCAAGUAUGGAUUAGUCUCUGUGAGUACUCUGCCCUGUAUAAAUGUUCCUCUCAUUCUGCCACAAAAAAAUAUUUUAUCUGCUAAACUGGCUCCGUUUGACCGCAUGAGAGAGGAGUCACAAGUAUUCUGCUCAUACAGAUGUUAGUCUCUUUCAAGGAACUAAACAAAUAAAGGUGUAUUUUGUAACAUG